ACACUGGUCAAACUUACAUUCCUGAAAAAGAAGUAAAGAACCCAAACCAAAACCCUAAUCUCACCAUCACAUCCACCUUCUUCAAAGCUCAUCUAAAAGGUGAAAUUGUGUAUUGGAUGCAAGCUAGGGCUAAUUUUUAGUAAUGGAGGAUGAGAAAGAUGUGUUUUAUGUUGUAAGGAAAGGGGACAUUGUUGGUGUGUACAAAAAUUUCAGUGAUUUUCAGCCUCUGCUAUAUGGACCCAAUGUUGCUGUGUUCAAAGGCUACCGAUUACCCAAGGCUGCUGAGGAAUAUCUUGCCACACACGGGCUGAACAACGCAAUAUAUUCUAUUGGCGCCUCGGAUGUACAAAGUCAACUUUUCGGUCAACUUGUUCCGUGUCCUUUUCAGCAACCAUCUUCCGUGAACGGUAAAGCUGGAACUAGAAAUGCCGCUGAUAACUGGAUAAAGAAAAAAGCUGGAUCGACUUCUACUCCAGAAGGUUCUCAGAGGAAGCUACCGGAACUUGAAAGCUUUAUGGAGACUCUGCCAGUUUCCGCUUAUGGUUGCUCAUGUAUUCUCGAAUUUGAUGGUGCAUCAAAAGGAAACCCUGGACCGUCUGGUGCUGGGGCCGUGUUGCGUGCAAUAGAUGGAAGUUUGGUUUAUCGUUUGCGUGAAGGUUUGGGCGUUGCAACAAACAAUGUUGCCGAAUAUCGGGCAGCCAUUUUAGGAUUGAGAUAUGCCCUUGAGAGAGGAUUUAGGCAUAUUAGGGUGCAAGGGGACUCCAAACUCGUUUGUAUGCAGGUAAACGGUUUGUGGAAAACCAAAACUGAGAACAUGACGAGCUUGUGCAAAGUAGCAAAGGAGCUGAAACAUAAGUUUGCAUCUUUCCAGAUUUGUCACGUAGAAAGGGAGUUCAACACUGAAGCUGAUGCUCAAGCAAAUAUGGCAAUACAUCUCCAGGUUGGCGAGGUUCAGGAAGAAGUGGAGAGGAGAUAAUUUAACGGCUUUGUAAGGAUCGAUCUGCCACCAUUUUGUGUAGCGUGAGAAUGUAUUUGUGCAGAUUGAUCAUUGUACCCGUAACUUGUAGGUAAAUAUGCAGGACUAUGUUGUGUUAAUUUAGAACAUGACCCUUUUUAAACCUGAAGGUUACUUUAUGAAGUAGGUCACGUUUUGAGCGGUUACUAUAA